AUGUCCUCUCUCAAACCCCUAACCCUCUACUCCCACCACAUAGGUCCCAACCCGUGGAAAGUAGCUUUCAUCCUCGAAGAACUCAACCUCCCCUAUGACACCAAAAUUGUCCAAUUUCCGAACAUGAAAAAACCCCCCUUCAACACCGAAGUCACCCUGAACGGCCGCGUCCCCGCCAUCAUAGACCCCAACAACAACAACCUCACCCUCUGGGAAUCAGGGGCCAUCGUCCAAUACCUGAUCGACACCUACGACAAAGACCACAAGAUCAGCUACCCCUCCUCUUCUCCCGAAAACUUCCUCUGCUACCAAUGGCUGCACUUCCAGAUGUCCGGCCAGGGACCCUAUUACGGCCAAGCGAUCUGGUUCGCGAGAUACCACCCGGAAAAGGUGCCGUCGGCGGUAGAGCGGUAUGUCAAGGAGAUGGAGCGGGUGAUCGGGGUGUUGGAUACGCAUCUCCAGAAGGCACGGACCGAGUUCCUGGUCGGGAACAAGUGCACGUAUGCGGAUCUGGUGUUUGUGCCAUGGGCGGUGCUGGUGCCGUCUAUUGCCAACGACAGUCCGAUCGAUGUCGAGGGCAAGUAUCCGCAUUAUGAUCAGUGGUUGAAGAGGGUCUGUGAGAGGGAGGCGGUGAAGAAGGCGCUGGCUGAUAAGGCGAGGAUGAGUGAGACGAAAUGA